AUGUUUGAAACUUUGAUUCUUCAAGCUUUACUUUAUAUUUUCACUUACAGUAUCACAGCACAAUUAAUCAUUCUUUGGGUGCUGAGCAAAGGACAAAAUAUCAAUUCUGGUGAUUCCAGUGCUGUUGGUACUGGUUUUCAUAACAGCAAUGUCAAUACCGUACGUUCAUCUGAAAGAGACAACGAACUGAGUGCCAUUGAGAACAACAUACAUUGCACAGUACGGAAUGGUCGAAUAUAUGUAAACGGCAGGUAUGCGCGUAACAUGCAACCACGAGAUUAUUUAAGUUUGUAUCAAUACAAAGAGAGCGUUGCAAGGUGGUCUAUGAUUCUUAUCGAUAAUAUACAAUUGAGUUUUCCAUGGGAUCUUAGAAAUCCGAAGCACAAAGAAUUUCCAUGGAAUCCAGCAGCUUUUCCAGGAAAAAGACGUCGAAGAGCAGCAGUACCUUUUCCACGUUUGCCACGGUUCUGCUACGAGUAG